UCCACAAGAAGAACAUCCAGUGAAGAUCUGCCAGUCAUUGCCAUCUCAUUUUCGCUGUUGCCAUUGCGAGAAUUGGUCUGAGUCAGUACUAGCAACAAGCACAUCAUUCUGGUUCUUGAACACCUGCACCAGAGUUUCAGUGGAUGGAUGGUCGAAAUCAUCUUCUGACUCUGAAAAAAAAAUCCCCAUUUCUCGAAGAUGCCUAAGUGGCCCUAACGCCAUCAGCAUUUUCAAUGUCCUGACUGCCCUCUCUAGCACCUGGAGAUGAAGAUUGAGCAGGAACUAACACUUCCUCAGUAGUUUUCACCGAGUUCCUCCCUGCACUCAUCAUAUGAUUGACGUACAAAAUAGAUGGUGACGCAUUUGUUAUUGACUCUCCAAAACAUUUCCUUAGAAGAGAACCUAUUUCUCUCAAAGACAGAAUAUAAGCACAGUGAGAAGCUGCAAGUGCACAUCUUCCAUCUAGUGCUUCUCUAACAAGACGCUAGACGCUUCCUCUCCCGGCAGCACAACACAAGGACCUUGUUAUCUUCAAGCUUAGAAGGUGCCACGCCCAUUUUGAAGAGCAACAGCACUCAGAGUGUCAUGGACAAUACAAGGGCAUGUCAAUUUGAGGCCACCCACUGACGAUUGCAAGUAACAAUAUUUGUGUGAUUGGGUUUUCCACGUCUGAUGCUAGCUGUAAGAGGAUGGAACCAGUGAACGAACAUGUAGCGCUCCAGGGUCUGACACCAAAUGGUUUUAUCCUGGGACAACCAUUUGACGCCGCCACGUAUUUAUAUUUUAGUCCUUGUCAUCAUUCAUUUUUGUGCCAGCCCCCCUGGCGCCGCCACGUACUAUUUUUUGCAAAAAAAAUAUUUAAAAUAUAAAAAUAAAAAAUGCCGUCCUCCAUUCCUACCUACCAACCCGCUCCCCCUCGCCGCUCCCCAAUUCAAAACCCGUAUCUUUUUCUUACCGCUGCGAAAAAGGAAAGCCAGCUGUUAAUCGCAAUUAGCAGGCGCUAAUCAAAACCCCCCGCCCGACCGUUACUUUGCCCUCACAUCCAUAUUCCAUACCACACCACACCGCAGCCCGACUUCGCCUCACCUCGCCACGCUUGGGAUUCCCGCAGGGAUCCAAUUUCUGGUGAAUCUUCCGUACUUCUAAUUCCUGAAAUAUGAGAAGAUUCUUUUUCUUUGGGUCCUCCGCUGCAAAUGCUGGCGACGAAAACGGGACACCGGGCAGUGAUAGCGGGACUACGCAUAAAAAGACACUGGUGGCAGAUGUGGGCAACGAAAGUUCUGGUUCCUGCAGCACAAGGUUGUCAAGAUCCAGAAGCCGUGGUCAAAAGCGGAAUAAGGAGGAACCAGCCAAUCCGAAGCAGCUCAGGAGGUCCAUGUCAUUCUCGUCUCCGGCCACAAACACUUGCUUAGACGAACGAUGCUUUAGUUUCUCUGGUGAUGUUCCAUGCACUUUGUAUGAUGGAUUUGAUGCACCUCAGAAUGUCAAAGAUGUUGCCCCCAACAUAUGGUCACCAGAAGGAAAUCCAGUUUUGAGAGAAUAUGCAAUAAAUAUCCCAAAAGAUCAUUCUUCCAUGGAAAACGAUUCUCCUCGUUCAAGAUGUUGUUCAUGCUCGGCAGGGCACUCUCCUGUUAGCUCUCCCAUUGCUCUUCGAUGCAGGUCAACAAGACUAAGCAAUCUAUUAAGCAAGAAUGAAGUACUAGAUCGAUACAUUGAUAGAGGGCAUGAAGAUGCAAUGGUAAAUGAGAAACAGAGGCAGUAUCCCUCCGCCGCAUCUAUGGUUUCUACUUUGGGAAGGCCACCUCGACCCCAAUCAACAGUACCAUCCAUACCAAAAUCAAUGAAAGGGAAUACAGAGUGCUACCCAGAUGUAGACAUAAAAGAAGACUGCCUUUGGCAAGUUGCUCAAGAGGGUACAAGAGAUAACUGCAAGAUUACAACUAUGUGCGAUGCAGGUAGAAACCACGUAAGCAUGCCAGAUGCUUUUGAGAGAGACAGUGCUACAUCUGUUGUAGAUAUUUGUGAAGAUUUGCAAGAAGUGAGACCUCCAAAUGUUAUUUGCCCCUCCGCUUGUCCUAUUUCAGGGGAGCAAGAAACCAAUGACAUGUUGCUGCAAAGAGCUAAAGAAGUUGAGUCAAGGUUCAUUGUUCAUUGUGGAGAUGAAUAUGAAUUCAACAUUAUCAGAGAUAAGCGAAUGAGCUCAAAUGACAUGUUUCAGUUGAUCCAGCAGUUGACAGAAGAUAGGAAACAGUUAACGCAUGAACUGUCUUCACAUAUAAGAGCACACGUUGCAGAAAGAUCUGCUGCCAAACAGCAAUACAAACAAUCAAAGAAAGAACUAGAUACCAGAACUAGGAGGUUGGAGAAGGAGAAGAGUGAAAGACAAACUACACUGGAGAGAGAGAUGGACAGAAGGUCACAUGAUUGGUCUGUCAAACUAUCAAGAUUUCAAUCUGAAGAAGAGAGACUACAUGAACGGGUGAGAGAACUUGCAGAGCAGAAUGUGUCAUUUCAAAGAGAAGUUGCCUUUCUUGAAGCAAAUAAGGCUGAAGCUUCAACCAAAGUUGCUAGUUUGGAAUUGCAAAACAACAAAUUAAAUGACGAUCUAGAGAAACUUAGAAACGAGCAUGAGAAGCUCCAUAAUUCCUCAGUAGAUAAGGAUGCUCGUUUUGCUGAGGUUGUUGAGGAAAGGGACCACACCAGGGAAUACUUGAAGGACAAGGAGGGAGAGAACAAAGCAUUGCACAAAGUGAUUGCCAGACUACAAACAACAUGUAAUGAACAGGAAAGAGCAAUCACAAGUCUAAGACAGGGAUGCAAAGCUCAAUUAGACAAGAAAUUUGUUGAGUGUGACAGUGAUAAAAUGAGGAAAUUGCGAAUGGAACUGAUUAGACUGACAGGGGUGGAGCAAAAGUUGAGAUGUGAAAUUCGUUCUUGUCAUCUUGAAGUUGGGUCCCUCAGACAAGAGAACAUUGCACUCUUAAAUCGUUUACAAGUUGUUGGAAAUGGAGCACCCUUCUCAAUUCGCCUUGACCAAGAGCUUCAGGCUAGAGUGGACAACCUGCAGGUGCAAGGCUUGUCAUUGCUUAAUAAGACCAGCCAACUUUGCACCAAAUUGUUGGAUUUGAUGAAACACAAGAAACUUGAAAAUGAGUCUUUCAGUGGCAAUGAUGUGUUGAUAGUCAGUAAUUACACUUUUGAGUACCAAAGCAUCAAAGGAGGAAUUGAAAGUUUGAAGCGAAGUUUGAAGACAAUAAAUUCUGUACUGAAUGAAAAGCAAAGUGUAAAAGAAAAAUCUGGUGAGACUGCAGCUAGAGGUAGUUCUUCCAGGGAGCAAACGGAUGAUUUUGGACUCAAGCUGAAAGAAGAGGCUAUGCUCAGUAGAGUAUUAAAGGAGGCACUCUUGUCAAAGGAACUUGACAAUGGGCAAUUGGAGUCUGAUCUGUCAUCUUCACUUCGUAUCCAAGAUGUUAUGAGAAAUGAGACCCAGAGAGUUCAGGAUGAACUUUCUUGCAUCACCCACAAGGCUAAGCAGUUAGAGCUUCAGGUAUCCAAGAAGGAUGAAGCGAUCAAUGAGCUCCAACAGGACUUGCAGGAAUCUGCCAAGGAGCUUGCGUCUCUACGCGGAACACUGAAAACAGUGACUGAGGAGAGGGACCUUUCCUGGCAGGAAUCCAAGCAGCUCAGACGAAACAUCAACAUCAUGCAGAACGAGGUCGUGUCACUGAAGAAGAAGAUUGAAGCCUUGGACGAAGACAUACUCCUCAAGGAAGGGCAGAUAACAAUACUGCAGGAUAGCAUCGACAAGCCGUUCGACAUCAUUUGCAGCCCUAGGUCCAUGAGAGAGUUUGACAUGGAGUGAAGAGUGCGGCGAAGAACAUUGUCCUUUUCAGAUAUGAUGUGCAUUUCGUGAAAGACAGAGAGGUGCUUGUGAAUACGUCGGCGUUCAUACGAUUCCGCAGUGUCUUCGUGCGGUAUAUCGUAGUGGCUUGUUUUGGAACUCAUUGCUCGGUUUACACCAUUUGUAAAGCGUGCAUAACUUGAGAUAUGAUAUGGGUAGUCCUUGUCCAAUUACCAUCA